CGCGCGCGGCGGCAUUUUCGGCGUUUCGUCCGGUUUUUUACUUUUUCGGUAGUUUUUCCGCGCACUCUGAAAACUUUUCGAAGUUUGACUGAAACUUUUUUUACAGCUUACUGUAAAUAGAAGUAGAACAAAGACUUUGUUUUGUUUACCAAACUGAAGUGUUUUUUUAUUAGCUGUGUGUGUGACAUUGGAUUUAAUUUGAGGUGAUAAACACAAGUGAGCUGUGGUGAAUCCAGUUCAUUUUCAAUUUGGAUGUCUUUAGAAUAAGAUGAUUUUCAAUCACCUUGCUGAUUUUGAAGACUGACUAAAUUAUAAGCCGAUAAAGAGAUGAUCUACCAAUGAAGAUUCCCCGGACGGACUCAUCACAAGUCCACUCGGGAGUCACAUUAUUGCAAUGACUACUGCGAUGGCUGCUCAUCAAGAAUCACUCCACGAGAGACUACAACCGACGCCAGAAGAACCUCUUUACCUCCACCAUGGACCCACCUCUUGGCCUGAGCCAUCCGACCCUCAGGAAGAUGCAGACAUUUCGCCAUACUACAACAUGCCAAAGAGGAACAAGAGAAAGAAUUUCAAACCGAGAUGUGCCCCCAACGCAACAACCUUUUCUGAUGAAUCAAAUGGAGCGAACUGUGAUGAAGCAGCUAGUCCUAUCAACGGUAAUGACAGAACAACGCCAUACCAAUCGGUAGACGAUGACAAAGAUGGAAAUUUUGCAAAAAUUGGAGUCAAAAACUUCAAUCUACUAAAAGGUGGUGCAGUAGACCUUAGUAGGAGACUAAGUAUUGAUUCCAAUGAAAAUAUAGACACAAACUAUCAAAAUAGAACUGAAGAGGAGAAAAAGGUGGACUCUUUCCAGCGUUCCUACAUUCAUAGUUUACAAAUGAAUCAAGAAACGGAAAGAGACCGUACUGUUUUAAAUUUUAGUAAUUUACAAAAUAAAACUUUUUGUGCCAAAAACCCUUUUGCUAUAUCUCAAUUAAUUAAAACUAAUUCACCGCCACGAAGAAGGGAAUCUGAUUCGGAUGGAGAGAAGGGUCCAGAUAUAAAUGCAAACGAAAGGUUAGAAGGUCAGGAACCGAUGGAAACUAAUGAAGUUCAGCAGAAUGGAGACGGUGCUAAUACAACAAAUAGAAUCUUAAGAGACUAUGCAAUGAAUACUAUGAAGGAACUUUUGGGAAUUUAUGGUUUAUCUUCAAAUGAGGUUGCUGAUGCCAUCAAUGGCCAAAUAAGAGCUUUGGAAGCACUUCAAGGUAAACCGCUCACCCAAGUGCCUUUAAGCCUGACGAGACGCUUGGAGACAAGCGUGGAAGAAGGCAACAACAAGAGUCGCCGAAGAUCUUCAUCAGCAACUGAAGAUGAAGGCUCAACGAAUAUCACCCCACCAAAAACACCUGAUAAUGACAUUGAAGCUCAAAGACAAAGAGCUCUGCAGAUACUAAACCAGCAAUCGAUGCGCUUGUUCGGGAGGUCUCAGGAGCAAGAAGAUGGAAGUGGAUCUGAGGAUGGAGAGCAGACUCUAGACCUGAGCGUGUCGAGGGACACAGAUGGCCAGGAGCAGUCGACGACAUCCAGUGCCGGCAAUAGUGUCUCUGAAUUUGACCAGCAAGGCGUGUUCAUGAGGAAGAACCUGGAAGACUUAGCUAAUUUACAAAUGCAGGGUUUUUUUCAAAAACAGUCACCAAUGGACGGAGACGACUCACAAGAAAGAAAAUUACAAGCGAGUGGUUUGCUGUCGGCCUUGAACCACUUGGACCAGGCGAGGAAGAACUCUUUGCAGUCGACGGUGGAUUACUCUAGAUACGUGAAGAGGUACAGCUCGACCUUAGAAUGUGGUUCCUCGUACUGCAAAGAUCUGGGCUACCGGGAACACUUCCACUGCAUGGACUGUACCGCGAGGGUCUUCUGCAAGAAGGAGGAGAUGAUCAGACACUUCAAGUGGCACAAGAAAAGGGAUGAGUCCCUAGCUCAUGGGUUCAUGCGGUACUCGCCCCUCGAUGACUGCUCAGAGAGGUUCAGCGACUGUCCCCACAACAGGAGUCAAACCCACUACCACUGCAUACAAGAGGGCUGUGAUAAGGUCUACAUCUCCACUUCCGACGUCCAAAUGCACGCGAACUACCACCGAAAGGACUCCGCCAUCCUGCAGGAAGGGUUCCAAAGGUUCCGGGCCACUGAGAGCUGCGCGGCCCCUCAUUGUGUCUUCGCUGGUCAGAGGACCACGCACUUCCACUGCAGGAGACCUGGGUGCACGUACACUUUUAAGAAUAAGGCUGAUAUGGAAAAACAUAAGACUUACCACAUCAAAGACGAAGCCUUAUCCAAGGACGGCUUCAAGAAGUACAUGAAGAACGAAGCCUGCCCAUACAGGGACUGUCGGUUCAGCAGGACCUGUAACCACAUACACUGCAUACGGCCCCAUUGCAAUUAUGUCCUGCAUUCCAGCAGCCAGAUCUUCACGCACAAGAGGAAGCAUGAGAGGAAGGAACAGGAGAUGAGUUUUGGGCUUCCAACCUCAGUGAUCCAAAGCGCGCUGAUGCAGCAGGGAGGAGACCUCAGCAUGUACUCCCCGGGCAGCAACCUCCACAUCGACGACGACAUGUCCAACUCCAUGGACCCUGACUAUCCCCAUCCUUUUAACCCAGCGUUGGUAGAAGAAGUUACCCGCAAAUACAUCGAGACCUUCAAUGGUGGCAAGGAAGCGGAGGACAAAUGCAACAAAUGCAGCGCUUUCAAUAAACACUACCACUGUUUAGCUGAUGGCUGCAAGAUGGCUCACAGUUGCCACACAACGAUGGUAAAGCACGUGAUGGAACACGAGCAGCAGAAUCAAGUGACAGAAGCCUAUUUCGUGACCUACACAAGGAACAAUCCGUGCGGGAACUCUGCCUGUCAGCAUAUCAGGGAUAUCACACAUUAUCACUGCACAUGGGAAAAUUGCGGUGCAGUAAUCCUCUCUUCAGAAGAACAUCCCUUCAGGCGUCUCGAACAUCAUCGCCAACACGCAAUUCUAAGCCCAAUGUCUCCAAACUUAGCGGCUAGAUUCGCUCCCAAUUUCACUCCUCAACUUUCGGCUCAACUUCAUCCUAACAUGGCUGCACAGCUAGGACAAGUACCUAAUCUUCCAAAUCUUCCACCGAAUCUUGCUCAACUAGCCCAAAUGGCACCAAGUCUGACAUCACAGUUGACUCCAAAUUUACAAGCGCAAUUGAAUCUUGGACCCAAUUCUGUUGUUGCACCGCAGCAAGUUAAUCCAUCGAGUUCUUUAGAUGAAAUGUUCAGUAGGAAGAGAGGAAGGCCACCGAAGAACAGGGUGGUUGAAGUCUGGACUGGCAAUGUAACUCCUGAAGCGAUUUUCACUUCGUUCAAAUUGCCUAAAAGUAACCAGUUACAGCAUGUUGGGCAAUCACCAGUGGUUACUACUGUUGAAGAGUUCCCUCGCAUCAAAUUCCAACACUUCGAAGUAUUCACCAGCCCAGACGCUUGUAGCUCAUCAUACCCGGCCUGCCAGCUCAGGAUGAGCAGACUCCAUCUCCACUGCUUCAACUGCAGCUUCGCAGCCGAAGCCCACGCCUUCAUGGAAACCCACAUGAGGGAAUCCCAUUCCAUCUCUCCACUUUUAGAGGGCUUUGAUCAUUUCUCUUCUUACGACCAGUGCGGUGGAAGAAGCUGCUUCAAAAACCAGUUGAGGACUCACUUCCAUUGCGCUCAAGGCAAUAACUGCCCAGCGAUUCUCACUCAAUACUCAGCUUUAGCUACUCAUAAACAUGGGAGAGGAACUCCAGUUAUCAAGAGUGAAGAAGAGAAGCCGUUUGAGGAAGCCAAAGACUACUCUUUGAAAGAACGCGCGUCAGUAGAUAGUGUGGGGUCUAUGAAAGAAGCUGUGGAGUAUGCGCCUACCAAUUUCUCGAUCAAGAGCGAAUUUGAAAGGGAGCAGGAUAAUGUUUCCGUAGUAAAAGCUACGGGAACCUUCUACCCGUCGUCUCACCUUCGAAGCAACACAUCAUCGCCCAGGAGUAUCUACGACGCUUCCCCAUCUAAAGAUAUGAAACUCCGCAUAGACUAUGACAAGAAACCUUUAGACCAAAAGCCCACAGGACCGACCAUUCCUCCAUCAUGUCACGAUCAAAACUGCACAUUGAAUAAAAAUGCUGGUGGAAUGAAUUUGCAUUAUCAUUGCCCUCAUUGUGGUCAGGCCUAUGUGGACUUGAAAUUGCUAUUCAGUCAUAUGGUCAAGAAACACAGCAAUUCCAUGGAUUCUGGUCCAGUUGGCUUGGCUGCUACUAAGGAGACGUUGGAACGGGAGUACCCUGAGAUCUCCAUCCUGCCAUCCACCGCCGCCGCCAGCCAGCCAGAGCCCAGCCAGAGGCCGCCCAAUCCUGCUGAACAGGUUCAAGCAGUUCAAAGCCUCCUUCUCCAGCAAUACCUCGCUGGUGGCCGCAAGGGCAGUCUUCAGGAGCAGCUGAAGAUGCAGCAGCAAUACACGGCUUCUCUCGCCGGUUUGCCUGGAUUGGCUCAAGUGGCUCUAUUUUCACAGGGAGGGUCUCCGUUCCCCCUGUACCCGGCGAUGCUGUAUCCGCCUGAGCUGCUUCUAGAACAGAGCCUGCUGCAGGGUCACGGUCUACCUCCAGGGUUGGACAAGGAGGCUGAGAUGUUGGCUAAGACGCGGCGGGCGGGGGGUGCGCGCGCGCCGCACAUGCGCGUGCUCAAGGACGAGCCCAUCCCCGACGGCUACCUGCGCUUCCGCUUCAACGAGGACUGCGCCUACCAGCACUGCGGCUACAGGGAGCAUCAAACCCACUUCCAUUGCACUCGCAAAGACUGCGGCUACUCAUUCUGCGACAAGACGAGAUUCGUACAACACACAGCCAGGCAUGAAAGACUGGACACCCUGAUGGGCGGCGACUUCCAGCAGUACCGAGCCAACGUGUACUGCCAGCGGCCCGAGUGCCCGCACGCCUCCACAUUCGGCACAGGCCAAAACAAGGCAUCUCACUUCCACUGCCUGAAGUGCGACUUCGUCUGCACCGACACCAACAAGGUGGUGGCCCAUCGUCGGCAGCAUCAGAAACUGGACACCAUCCAGGCUGCUGGCUUCGAGAAGUUCCCUCCCAGUAAAGGUUGUGGCUACGAACCUCAAUGCAUCCACAGCAAGAAACAAACCCACUACCACUGUCUCCAGUGCGGCUCCGCAGUCCUAGGGCUCUCCCAGAUGACCUCCCACAAGUACAAGCACCAGGAAGCGAACCUGGGGCCCUCCACCAGUGCUACCAACUGACCCACUCUGUAUAUAACCUUUGUAUAUAGUAUUUACUGUAGAAACGAUAAAGGUGUUUGUUUAAUUUCACGAUUCAAUUUCAAGUCACAAGGAGCGAUUCGUGACUGAAUCAUUAAGUAAAAAAAUAUUAUAAAUGGUAUUUUAUGAUUUAACUUCAAGAUUCAAUUUCGAAUGAGUUACACUGUGUGAUUUGUAAUUGAAUCGCUAAGUAAGAAUUAGCCUUACAGAAAUUAAAUGAAACUAAACAAUUUAAGACUUGAAUUAAGAUUUGGUGUCCCUCAAUAUUGUGCCUUAUAUGCAAAAUGACGGACAAAACAAUUUAUGAUAUUACAAAUUGUGUGAGGCGUCUAUGGCAAUAAAUUGAAUUUAUUAGUCGAUUCGAGUGGCAAGAAUUGUGCCAAAACAAUGUUGACUUUUGAAAUUUUAUGCAUGAAAAUAAUGUUUAAAAACGAAUGUGUUUUGCUUACAAAUUAUGUAGAAUUAUGAUUUAUAUUAAUAUAGAUAGUGUUGGACGAACAAAAGAAUUUAAUUGCGAGUUGCAUGUUAAAUGUAAACGUGUGUAUUACCUUAAUCCCGACCAAUCGUAGAUGUAGUUAUAUAAAAUAUUUAUAUUUAUUACUUCACCGUGAGAAAAGACAUUUUUACGAAUAGUAUUAUUAAUUUAGACUUCGUAAAUAAAAAAGAAGGCAAUAAUUGGGAUAGGAAAACCAUUUUGUGCCUGGAAAAUUAAAUUACAUGACAAUAUGCAUUGGUUUGCGAUAAUUUCUGAUAGGCAGCCAGACAUUUCAGCACUCAGGUAAUCAGACCUCAGUAAACCUAUCAGAAAAUAUCUCAAAAUUUGCAUGACGACAAACAAACAAUAUUACUAUUAAAAAAAAACUAUUUAAAAACGUCAAUUCUAUGAACAAAAACAUUGUAAAUAAGAUUAGAUUUAUUAUAUAUAAAGUCUAUGUUAAUAAAAGUAUAAUUGUUAAUUGGAUAUUGGUAAAAGUAUUGUAUAAAAAUCUCAAUUGGACACUGUACAGGUAUUUGAGUGCUAACGUUUGUGAUUCAUGAGGUAGCCAUAUAAAUGCCAUGUUAACUUUUAAUACUAAAUUAUCCUUUGAAACAGUAUUAGCUGUAUCCUUAUAACCUUGCAUUCCUUUGUUAUUCCCGGCGUCCGACUCGAGCCGACCCAUUAGUUUUAGAAAGUGAUCAUUGAUCAUUUUUGUUUUUUAUUGACCAAAACAGUGUACCCUAUUCCUAGCUUGUAUCAGUAUUUUAAUAGAAUAAGGACUAUCCCGUUGUUCCUAUUAUCUGUAAAACAUUUCUAUGUGACAGUCACAGAAACUAUACCGGAGAUUAUUUUUUAUAAGAAAAAAAUUAAUGCACUUCUCUCUGUGACUGUACUACGCAUGGACGUUCAAAAACUGUCAUAAUUUUUUUCUGUAUUUUACUUUUCAAUGUUUUUCAUUUAUUAUAUUAAGCCACAAACAAAGGAAAUGUAGUAUUUCUUCAUAUUAUUCUUCCAAAAUAUAGCCCGUGCCAUAUUGUUAGUCACGAAGAUUGAAGUCUGAAUAACUUCAACUUGUAACCUUUUUCGUUCAAUGUUUCAUUUUAUUAAAAAAAUGCAUUUUUUUCGUAUUUUUCCAAUUGACAAUUUUUAAGAAAAUAUCGUGUCAUAUAAUUAAGUGUUCCCAAGGAAAUCGAAUAUUGCAAUAAAAAUACUUCAAUAUUGGUUGUUACUCCUUUGUUUUGUUAUCUAAUUUUAUGUACAACAUUUAUUUUCUCUCUUUUAAGUUUUUCAUCUUUCACAAACAAUUUUUUUAAUUUAAUCGCGUAUUUAUAUUUAGUGCACGUAGCUUUAAUUUUAGUUGUCAUAAAUUAAUAUCUCACUGAUAAAUGGAGUGUUGAUAACAUUUUUAUAAAAUUAAGUGUACUCGUACAAAAAAAUAAUUAAAUAUCACACUCGAAGCUAAGCUUUGUCAAGCUGCGCGAACAUACGUCUAUGCAUGCAACUUUAAAAUUUGUUUAUAAGCUGCAAUUAAAAGCGAUAAUAGCUUAAUUAGCUUAGUUUAGGGAAGUGAUGUGCAAAUUAAGGGCUGGAUACAAUGUAGGCGUUUGUCCUGACAACAAUUGGUAUUUACUGAAAUAGUAUAGUGUUGUUUACCUCAUGAG